AUGGCACUGUGCUCCGACGCUAUACGAAAUAUCAUUGUCUGCGUUGCGCUUGCAUGGAUCUUCGGUCUACCAGCCGAUUCUACAGCUAUCACAACCCAGUUCAAUCGACGUCCAGUCCUGCUACUUACGGGAGACUCGCUCACUGAACAUGGCACUUAUCCGAACGUGCAAGGUUGGGUCGCACUACUCCAGGCUCAGUACACUAGAACGGCGGAUGUCAUUGCGCGAGGGCUCUCGGGUUACAACACAAGAUGGUUCCUCAAGGACGUAAUGCCGGUCCUCGAAAAUGAGAUUAACUCCGGUGCAUAUAGCUCUCCAUCCCUCAUCACGGUCUGGCUCGGGACCAACGAUGCCGCACUAACAAAUGGAAGCAACUCAGAGAUGCACGUGCCGAUUGAGGACUAUAAGCAAAACUUGAUCAAAAUCGUCGGCAGGUUUCAAAGUGAAGCCCCAAAUGCCAAUAUUUUGAUGAUCACUCCACCUCAUAUUGACGACGACGCAAGAGUGAAGAACGCACAAGAACGGACUGAUGCGAAGCGAGGUCUCGUGGAUCGCUCAAAUUCUGCGGUGGGGAACUAUUCUCGCGCUUGUGUGGACGUCGCCAGCACACUAAACGUCCCAGUGCUGGAUUUGUACGCACAUUUUGAUGCCAUGGCAUCGGCGACUCGAAACACGAUGCUGAUAGAUGGUAUCCACUUCAACGCUGCUGGCAACAAGGUGGUCAAUGAACAGCUACAUAAUAAGUUGAGCGCCGAGUUUCCCGAUUUGGUGAAGUCGCUCGAGGCGUGGCAAUUUCCGGCGGUAAGCAAAUACGUGAUGGAAGAUCCGUGGACAGCGAAGAAUUCGACCGAAACUACAGGUCAACAUGUUAGCUGA